AUGGAUUCCGCCUUAUUGUCGGUAUUGGCAGUGUAUGAAGAAAUCGGAAUACUUCGUUAUAAUCGACGGAAUCUGCGCACAUCCGGUAAUUUAAUGGAGCUUUCAGACGAUGCAUUCAUUAAAAGCUUUCGUUUGAAUAAACAGGCAUUCCGAUACGUUUUGGGGGAAAUUGAACACGAUUUUUCCAACACAAAGAAAAGUGGCAUUCAUGUUAAGGAAAAGCUGGCGGCGUGUUUGAGAUUUUUCGCUGAGGGAAACUACCAGCUUGGAGCGGGAAAAGAUUUCCAUAUUGCGAUGGCACAGUCCACUUUUUCUAAGGUGUUAUCUGAAAUGCUGAACAUACUGGAGCGAAGAUUAUGUUCUAAGUGGAUAUCAUUGGAAAUGUCGGAAAAUGAACAGCGACGUGCCAAGCUUUAUUUCUAUGAGAAAUCUGGAAUUCCAGGAAUAAUCAUGUGUGUUGAUGGAACACAUAUAAAAAUAAUCCCCCCUAAUCAGAAUCGAAAUUUAUUUUAUAAUCGAAAGGGGUUCUACAGUCUGAACGUUCUCAUUGUUUGUGACGAUCAGCAGAGGAUCCGUUUCGUUGAUCCUAGCUUUCACGGAUCUAAUCACGAUGCCCAUAUAUGGCGAAUAAGCCCUGUACGAACGUAUUUCGAGCAGAUGCAUCGAAACGGCGGAACACAAACUAAAAUACUGGGUGAUGCAGGCUACCCAUCGGAAUCAUGGCUGGUAACGCCAUUCAGAGCUCCGGAAGAAGGCAGUUUGGAAAGCGAUUUCAACCAGAGGCAUGCUUUAGGUCGAGGCAUAGUCGAACGAACACUGUUGGCAUUGAGAAAAUCCCUGCUCUGCAACCGCCGUCCGGUAGCAAUAGAUGACCCUAUUGUGUCAAAUUUCGCAGCAAGGUUCCGUCGCAAUUACAAGUUCAGCAACCGAAACAACUACAUAAGUGCAGAUGAACAACGGCACCAAGAUACAGCAAACGAGGAAAAGCCAGAAUGGGUGUCGGCAGGACCUACCUUUCGCCUGGACACAAUUUGUGAAUUCGAUGGAGAUAUUUCGAACAACGCCUCACCAAUCGAUUAG